AUAUUUGCUCGUAUACAGGGAGUCGGCCGUAAUCUCAAUACACUUACACACAGUGUUUGAUAACAAAUGCUAUGAAUUUGAUUGAACUACACUUUCCAAUACCCAUAAACCCUUUCACAGUCAUCAGUAGCUUUAUAUUAGUCUUGUGGUUAACCUUGCUAAUAGUUUCCAUUUACAUAUAUUUUCCACUAUUGCCUGCCAUUGUAGUGGAGUGACUUCUUCGGCUAUUUGUUGGAAAUUGGUUUCUGAGGACUCGUUUGUCUCAUUUGUUGUAUGAUAGCACCGGAAGGGACGACACCUUCUUGUUGGAGUUAGCCAUCGAUGGCCGCCUCACACACCGCCCGCAGACUCAUUGACAUCGGCGCUAACCUCACCGAUCCCAUGUUUAAAGGCAUAUACAACGGGUCACAGAAACACGUGUCCGACUUGACUGAUGUGAUCAAACGGUCGGUCGCUUACGGACUCCAAAAAAUAGUGAUCACUGGCGGCAGUCUAGAGGACAGUGAGUCGGCGCUGGCUUUGGCCAAAACGGAUGACAUGCUGUACUCGACAGUGGGCUGUCAUCCCACGCGAUGUCUUGAGUUCGAGGCCUACGAAGACGCCGACAAAUACAUCGCACAACUGAUCCAAUUGGUCGAUAACAACAGGGAUAAAGUGGUGGCAGUGGGCGAGUGUGGGCUCGACUACGAUAGGCUUCACUUCUGUCCCAAAGAGCAACAGUUAAAGUAUUUCAUAAAACAGCUGUCGGUGUCCGAGGCCACAGGUUUGCCGUUAUUCCUCCACUGCCGUAAUGCGGCCACGGAUUUGGCGCAAGUCUUGAGGAACAAUCGGCACAAAUUCAGCGGCGGUGUCGUUCACUCAUUCGAUGGUACGCUAGAAGAAGCUAAAGAGUUCAUGCGAUUGGGUCUAUACAUCGGUAUCAAUGGCUGUUCGCUGAAGACUGAGUCUAAUCUAGAGGUGGCGGCGGAGCUGCCCAUCGAUCGGCUUAUGAUCGAAACCGACAGUCCGUGGUGUGAAGUGAAGGCCAGUCACGCGGGCGCCCGACAUAUCACUACACUAUUCCAAAGCCGUAAGAAAGAGAAGUUCGAGACGGGCUGUCAGGUCAAGGGUCGUAACGAGCCGUCCAAUUGCGUGCAAAUAUUGGAGAUAUUGGCGGCCAUUAAGAAGCGGUCGAUCGACGAGUUGGCGGACGUGUUGUACGAAAACACUGUCAAACUGUUCUUCAGCGCCGGCACUAAUAAUGGUCGAUAGGGUUGUGUGUGACCCGUGUUUUUGUUACGAAGUAUUUGUUUUGGAUGUCUUUCCCGCCA